AUGCCCGAGCUCCCACAAGACGACCAAGAUUGGAGUAACUCGACUGAUUUUACUGACCUACUCGAGUUGAAUAAGAAGUUCCUCCGAGGUGAAAUCUCAUCGUCUCCUUAUCAUUAUGGCCCCAUAGAAGAGGAGACACAUAGCCUUGUUCCUUCUCUGUUGAAGCUACAUGAACGGCGAAUUUUUACGUGGGGUAUUCAACCAUAUUUACGUAAACGCAAGAGAGGAGAUGAAGGCAAAUUGUACGACGCCUGGCAACGACCUUGUAUUUCCUUUAUUGUGGCAGAGGAAAACAAUCCGCCGAGACUCUUUCAGGAUUUGAAAAGAAAAAGAGAUAUCAAAGUUUACGCACGGAAAGCUUACUCGCCUGAAGCUGCUAUAGAAGGAUCAUUCACUAAGAAAAAGAUUGUUACCAAGUAUCGACGUACAUGGUUUUGGCGGCAAUGGAAAGUUCUUGCAGCUGUUGAUCCUGCGGCAGAUGUAGCAGCGGAGGACAUUUUCUGUCUGGAAGCUAUGAAGCAAGCAAAACCAUGGAUAUUCGAGGUUGUCGCAGCUUCGUGGAAGAAUGUCGAUAUUGCAGGGAUUGUUAUAGAGGCAGUUGAUGCGGCACAAGCAUGA